GGAUACCGCGCACACCGCUGACACCGCGCGUGUUCGCUUCGCUCGUUCGGAGCUUCUCAGUUUCUAUUCGGGGUUCGCUUCAGCUCGAUUACCGUGCAACAGCGUGAGGACGGUACGCACAGUGACGGAUACACACACCGUCGCGGGUGCGUUCGAUCUUCGCCGCGAAUCCGCGAUUCGCGCGUCUCUCGCGAAAUUCUUCCCCCGCGCGCGAAUUAUCAUCGAUCGAUCGCGCGAUCUCUGGAUCCGAGAGGACCGGCCACGCCGGCGAAGAUUUCUCUCACCUUCGCGGCAUUCGAUUCGAGGGGAGAGUGGUGCGCCCUGCGCAUUUGUGCCGUUGAUUGUCAAGUGAUUUAAAGAGAAGAAGAGGAACGGACGUGUGAGAGAAACGAGGGAAAAUGCUGCCGCCACGAAUACUCGGCCUCCUGGUGCUUCUUCUCGCCGUGCAAGGCUUAUGUAAACCGACCAAGAGUACGGAGGACCUGAAUUACGAGGAUGAUACUCCUUUCGAUGAUGAUAAUGAGGAAGAUGAAGACGAAGAGGCUGACAAUAUCGGCACCGCCGAGAUGCCUCCGCAAAUCUUAUCACAUCCAAUAAGUGUUCGUGUAAAAGCUGGGGACACCGUUAUACUGCCUUGUCAAGUGAUCCAUACAGACAAUUAUGUGGUCGUGUGGUUGAAGGACGAUAAAUAUCUGUACUUCGAAUCGCAGAAAUACACUGAGGACGACAAGAGAAUCGUACGAUUGCCGAAUAACAGCCUAGUGAUCUACAAUGCGACGGUCGAGGAUAGCUCCAACAAUUACAAAUGCAGUAUUCUGCAAAAUCCUCACUCCAUAGAUUUGACUCACCGUCUGUUGGUUGAUGAAAAUCCACGUCAAGAAUCUACGCCGCCGCAGUACUCGCACAAAGGGAUUAUACGCGUGAGGCCCUCGAAGAAGGUCGAAGUGAACCAAGGCCAUAAUAUCACGCUCGGUUGCGAGACCGACAUACAGCCGCCGCCCGAGAUCAAGUGGUUCAUUGAGAACAAGAAGGUGGACGGUUACGAUCCCGACGUGAUCUUGGACGGAAAUUACAUCACGAUAAAGAAAGUGAAUGAGUCUCAUAGCGGUCUGUAUCAAUGCCUCGCUGAAGAUGGUUCAGAGACGCCGGCGAUGGAAGCGAUCAACGUUGUUGUGAAUUACAAACCUAAGAUUGAGGUAGAGAGAAUAGUCUACAGCGGUACAGGUGUAGAUUCGGAAAUUACGUGCAUCGUGAGCGCCCAUCCCGUGGCACUUGUAAUGUGGUAUAAAGACGACAAAUUACUUACGCAGAAGAAAGGAUCGAUAAUGAUGUUUCAUAGGAUAAUACCGAAUAGUAACAAGACUAAGCACAUUUUAAAAAUCUUGCAUCCUUCGACACAGGAUUUUGGCGAGUACAAGUGUCGUGCAGAUAAUGCCAUUGGUCAUGUCAUUAGAUCUAUUAUCUUAACAGGUGUACCUUCGCAAGCGAAGAUAUCUGGUGCCAAAAUGACUGAUGAUGAUGCAGGAAUUAUUCUGAAGUGGCAUUUGGAAAGUUAUUCGCCGAUCAGCGAAUAUAAGGUACAAUAUCGUCGCAAGGGUGACCCGGAAUGGAACUUCAUUGAGCCUGAAGUCAAAGACGGUAAAGGAAAUCAAUAUAUCGUAGAAUGUCCAAUUCCAGAACUUCUGCCUGGAUCUUACGAGGCGAUCCUAAAGGCUAGAAAUGAAUUUGGAUGGUCUUUGGAUUCAGAACCGCAUACAUUUAGUGGUGAUUAUCCUCCUGAUUUAGCAUUAAAAGGAAAUUCGGCAACUGUACGAUCCCCCGGAACGUUUUUAGCGUUGAUCCUAGUCGUUUUAUCUUGUGCCUUCACAAGUCUGUAACUCUUUACUUAAAUCUCUACUAAAGUAUGUAGGUAAUUUGCUGCAGCCAAAGCAACACUAGCAAACGCUAUGGUGGAUUUAUUAGUGUAGGAACACUUAGGGGAGACAUAGCGCUAAUAGCGAACAUAUAUAUUUUUAGUGCAAAUUCCCUUUCUCUAUCAGGAUAUAUUUUAUUUUAUGUACAUAUAUAUUUAAUAAAAUAUUUUCAAACAUGUGGCGGGCAUUAUCGAAACACAUUAAUAUACAUUUUACAUAGUCGAAAUUUCGUGAUUAAUAUUGAUUUACAACUUACCUAGGUGUUCCAUUAAGACGCAUUGUAAAGGAAAAAAAUGAGCAUUUUAAUUGUACCGUAAAAUCACGAAUAAUUAUUAAGAGAGAUAUUAUACUUUAAAAUAUAUACAUAAUUUAUAUAUCAUAUAUAUAUCUCAUACACACGUAUAUAUGAAUACAUAUGCGUACGCGCAUACGUCCAUGUAUACGUGUGUAUGUGUACACAUAAUAUAGUAUUCACUAUACAUGCGUAAGCUCACAGAGACACACAAUCAUAUUAUUAUAAUUUAUUUUUGUAUGCUUAAGAUUAUUAGAAACGUGUUCAAAGAAGUCGCUUGGUGCCAUGUACACGGGUCUACUACUUCCGAAAAAUCAUGUAUAGAAUCUGAUCUGUCGUCCACUGUGCACAUGUGGAAAGAACAUGUACCUAAAAUAAUGUAAUAAAAGAGAAGUAAAUAUUAUAGAAUCGUAUAUACUAUUGCGAUAAUACGUGUAUAACCGAGUCGACAAAGAAUAUAAAGUUGGAAGCAUUCAUACUGAGAUUAUCGUUCAUACAAGAAUUAUUCAUUAACAUUACGUCCACGUUCUCGUAUGUUUGCUCCCAAUGGAAGCAAAUCUUUCUUUUUUAUUUACUCCUAUGUUUCUCGAAUAUGUACAAUGUGAUGCGCGAGUAACGAAUGUGAUUGGAGCGAGUAUAGGAGAGAAUGACGUUCUAUUUAGUGUUUUCCAAAAUAGUUUGCUAGCUUUUAACACUGAUACGUUGUUAUAUUGAUUUAUAAUUAAUGUUAUACGCAGUAACUAUAAUUGUAUAAGUAACUAUAAUAUUGUAUAAGAAACUGCCCAUUUUAGAAACGGCCGAUGUGCUUGUCAUAGAUAUGAAUAACAUUAAUACAUGAAGAAAAACAGCCAUAUUCUUUCUAAAGUACAUAAAAUAUUAUUUAAAAAUAAUAGGUCUGUGUAUAAUUUUAAUAUUCUUAGAC